AUGUGGCUCUCGGCAACUGCCUAUUUCGCCAUCCUAUCGGGCCUGUACUCCUUCGGAUUAUUUUUGCCGACAAUCAUUGAUGAAAGUGGCUUUGCGCAAGAUGCGAAUCAAGUGCAACUCUGGACGGUGAUUCCGUACGCCGUGGCGGCAGUCUUGACCGUGGCCGUGGCUUUUCUUUCCGAUCGUUUGAAGCUUCGAGGGGUCAUCAUGCUGUUUACCCUGCCUAUUGCGAUCGCUGGAUACGGCGCUAUUGCCAACAUCGAGACGCCCAAGGCCAAGUACGGAAUGACAUUUCUCAUGGCAACGGGCAUGUACAGCAGCGUUCCCUGCAUCUUGGUGUGGAACUCCAACAAUUCGGCAGGGCACUACAAGCGAGCCACCACGUCGGCGAUGCAACUGACGAUUGCAAACUGUGGUGGGUUUGUUGCCACGUUUAUCUAUCCCAACAAGGACAAGCCCCAGUUUCAUCGGGGCCACACGGUAGUCUUUGGGCUUCUCAUCUUUGCGUGGUUUAUGGUUCUGCUGAACGUGCUAUACUGUGCCAAGCUCAAUCGUGAUAAGCGACGAGGCAAGUAUGCCCACGCAGCAACAGCGUUGCGACACGAUACCCGCACGUCGGCGUGGUAUGCUGUUGGUCUGCUGGCUCGCAAUCAGGGUGACGAUGUCUCCCAGGCCCUGACGAUCAUCGAGAACGUCAUAGCGGCCCAAUUUAAGAAUCCCGACAGUCAAUGGUACGGAGACUACGAGAAAUAUCCAGAAGAGCCGACAGUGGGCAGCGCGGCGUAUCCUCCACUCAUAUACGACACCUGGGAUCCUAACUGGCGAGGGUUCAUUGGAACGGCAUUCAUUAUCGCCUUGGAGGAGUUCCCUCAUCUAAUCGGCAACGACAUGACUGACCUUAUGCACGCGUCUCUCUACAAUAGCACGAUUGGUGAUAGCUACCGGGUCGGAGGCGUCGACGAUGAUAAUCUCUAUCCUUCGUAUACUAACCCGGCAUUGAUGCGAGCACUGAUCAGCGGCUGGACGGGUCAGAAAUUCGGCGAUGACAACAUGACCAAAGCGGGCGAGACGUACGCGAGCGAAAUUAUAUCUCUCUUUGACCGGGCCGAAACGCUGUCGGAAUUCAACAGCGCCACAUACACCGGCGUGUCUCUGAUUGCACUCACGACCUGGGCCAAGUAUGCCGCCGAAGACUCGGUGAUGAAGGAAAAGGGGAAAGAGAUGCUCCAGGCCACCUGGACCACGAUCGGACAUCUAUACCAUGCAUCGCUGAAGAACCUCGCCGGACCUUGGGAUCGCUCUUACGGAUUCGAUAUGCAGAAAUAUUUCGGCAUCAUGUCCGCCCACAUCUGGACACUGGUGGGCAAGGACAAGUCUCCGGUGAUUGACAAGGUAUACAUGAUGUCUCACAACUCGGACUUUGCCAUCUCCCCGCUCGUGGCCGUCUUGUCGGAUUUCCACAAUUCUUUUGUCCCGACAUCAGUCGUCGAUGCACUGAGGGCCUUUCCAGGAGAGCACUCGGUGACCACAUCGGCCUACUCCAUCCCCUACGACUCUUUCCCUCGGCGUGUCGAGGCAUGGCUAGGGGAGAAAAUGAGCAUUGGUGCCGAGAGCUUCAACGAGACCGUUGUCGGCGGGCCGGCGGAGAAUCCAUCUACAUUCAACCCGGCGGUGAUCCAGUGGGACACCGGCGCAGGAAUCGGUUGGAUAGCUCUGUAUGCAACCGAAAUGGCGAUUGACGCCAUCGCUGGUCCGGGUUAUCUCAAUCUCACGUAUCCCUACGGAACAGAGUCCUCUCAGUUCCAGUUUUUGGUUUCUCCCUUCUCUCAGAAGAAGGAUGUGACCGGCUGGGAAGAUCUCCCGGGGCUAAAAGUCACCGUAUCUGGAACUGUGGUGCCAAACCCGCAAGUGUCGUAUAGUGCGAGUGACGCUGCCAUUAAUGAUUUCCUAUACUGGAAUUUGACCCACGCGAUACCUCGGAAUAGCACUGCAGCACCGAAUAUCUUACUAGAGGUGGAAGUCGUGUGA